UGCCGGUGAUACCUAGCGCCAGUUCCGUGAGAGAUUCGCGUCUAUUAGCACCGUUUGUUCGUUGUUGCGUUUGUUCUCUUUUGUAUCGCAAGCAGCAGUAUAGUACCAUGAGCGCUAAGGUAGAGCUGCCAAUGAAAGAAGUGUUCUCAGUGCCGGCUGGAACCAUCGACAGGAUGCCUGUACGUCCUAUUCUGGAGUGCUUGAAGGCAAAGGCGGCCAGUGAGUUGAACGAGAAGGAGAAAACCAUCCCGGAGGAGCUGGAGAUGAUACGCACCUGGAUCAAGCAGUCCGGGCACAUCCGCGGUCGGAUGGAUGAUCAGUUUUUGCUGGGAUUUCUGCGCGCCUGCAAGCAUAGCCUCGAACGGGUUAAAGAAAAGCUGGACACGUACUACACGAUCCGCUCGGUCCUGCCGGAAGUGAUGCGAAAGCGCGAUCCGCUCGAUCCGUUCCUCCGGAAGGUCAUCAGAAUGGGCGUGUCGGUGCCAAUACCAAAGACGGUCAACCCGGACGAUCCCAAAAUUAUGCUCAUCCGGGCGGACGCAUUCGAUGGGGACGUGUGCGACUUUCCGGACAUCCUGAAGGUGUUCACCAUGAUCGGUGAUAUUCUGCUGCGCGAUGACGAUCAGAUGGUGAUCUGUGGUCAGGCGGCAAUCAUCGACUUUGGACACUCCUCCAGUGGCCAUCUGUUCAACUUCAAUCUAUCGUUCCUGCGCAAAGCGUCGAUCCUGAACCAGCAGGGUUCGCCGCUCCGGCAGAAGGGUUUCCACUUUAUCAACACACCGAAGGGUUUCGAUCUGGUGCUGAACAUCUUCAAAGGUUUGAUGACGGAGAAGAACCGUAAUCGCACGAUCAUAUCGCACGGAUCCAGCCUCGAGUCGCUACACAAGUACUUCCCCAAGUCGAUAUUACCGACCGAACUGGGUGGUGAUCUGGGACCGGUCCAACAGUUCGUGGACGACUGGGAACAACGGCUAAUCGAUAAUCGGGCGUACUUGGUGGAGGAGGAAUCGCUCGGUGUCGAUGAAAGCAAGCGAAGAAACACGAACCCGCUGGCGGAAGAGAAGGAUCUAUUCGGGACGGCCGGCACGUUCCGGAAGUUGGAGUUUGACUAAAGACGCUUCUUCAGUCUGUCUUUCUCUCUCUCUGUGUUUAGGUUAAGCUAUAUUAAUGCGCGUGUAAAUAGGCAAGUUUAGACUUAAACAACGAAUAAAAUGAAAUGCAUUUCAAUAAAUAGAA